GGAUAGUGUCGAUACCGGUUGGAAACCAGUCUCUUCGGCGAUUACCAUGUGGCUAUUUCUGCAAAGUUGGAUUGUGGCGCUCGCAUUCACAGAUAUACUUUUUGUCACCGCUUCAAGGCAUUUAGACGACAAAGCGAGUUCGGAGCGGCCGCGAGCCGAGCCUUUCAUCCAGGUCGCGGCUACCGGUGACGACCCCGACGGGCCACCACCACAGAACUAUCAGCAAUUCUACAACAAGGUUCUGCCUCAGUUCGAUAACUCCACGGCAACAAACAUCACGACGACUGCGGGGAAAACAGUCUUCCUCCCAUGCAGCGUGCGACAUCUAUCCGACAAAACAGUCUCCUGGAUACGACGUCCGAAAGACGCGGGGCUCACUGUGCUCACAGUCGGCCGCUUUCCAUACACGAACGAUCCGCGUAUCCGACCAGUGCAUUUAGACAACUCGGAAUCAUGGGCCCUCGAAAUCAAGUAUCCCCAACAGAAAGACAGUGGCAUGUACGAGUGUCAAGUCAGCACGUUGCCCAAGAUCAGUCGCUUCGUUUCGCUCGACGUCGUUGUUGGCAAGGCCAAAAUCAACGGAGGGCCGCAGCUGUACGUGAACGCGGGAAGCAGUCUGAACGUGUCGUGCGUGAUCAACGGUCCGCCGGCUGGGAGCACCGAAUACGUUUUUUGGUACCACAACCAAGGAAUGCUCAACUUCGACGCGCGUCGAAACCGUAUUCAAGUAUUGUUCAAUGCCGAUCAGACGGUAAGCAGUCUCGUGAUAAGAGCUGCGGCAGUUAACGACUCCGGCAAUUACACCUGCGCGCCAUCGAACGCCGACCCUGACUCGAUACAGGUGUUCGUCGUAAAUAACGACUCGCCCGCGGCCAUGCAAGAUAGCCUCAGUUCACCCGGCCAUAAGAGCUCGUUGUCGAACCGCGAACUGCUCCUCUGGAUGUUAUUACUGCCUGUCUAUUUUCUUCUGUGA